AUGUCCCUCGUUCUCUACCCCUCUGAGCAUGGCCGCGCUCCCGGCCCGCCAGCGGCUUUCCAGCGCCGCCGCCCGCCCGCGGGGUCGGGCUUGCGGCCGCCUCGCAAAACUGCUCGGGCCUCGUGCAAUGCGAGGAGUGGGCCGCCAGCAGCAGUUGUGCGAUGGUGGGUGACCAGGCGCGGCGGCACGACUUCGCGCAGAGCGGGCGCAGCCUGCACGACUGCGCGCCCAAGCCAAUUAAAAAG